AUGAACAGCUCGACUGCGCAGUCGUGGAGUGCUGCCGAGCACUUCCAAAUGGACCCGCCCGCUGAAGACUUUGCCGGCGCUGAAUUCAUCGACUUCGACAAUCUUGACCUGCACUUCAGCAUCGAUGGGUACAAUCACGAAGGACCCGCCUCUAAUGGGAACCAACUCGCCGAUCUGACCGAGUCGCUCAAUGUCCACCAUCUCCAGGGCCAGUUUCCCCCGCAACUUCCCCAGGACCACCAUCAUGGCCCCAACACCAGACAGCACGCCCAGAAUCUGCCUGGCCAUGGCUUGUCCCAGUCAGCCAACACUUUCUUCGACUAUGGCAUGGCCCAGUACAGCCAGGCUGGCACCCCGUCUUUCACCCAGGCCCAGGACCAGAUUUACCGCCCACACCAGGGUGUUCCGCCCACGCCAAAUAGCAUAGAAAUGCAUGGCGACCCCCAUCGCUAUCUCCAACAAUCAGAUCACCACCAGUCGCUGUUCGACCAGAGAUAUCAUAUGCGCAAGGACGAUGCGACUUUCACCCCACUAGUUUCGCCUGCCGUGACGCCCCACGAUGCGCGCUUCCAGAUUCCCGACUUCACAAUGCCCGGAGCCUACUUCAGCCCUCUUACAUCCCCUGCCUUGAAUGCCCAGAGCCAACAGCAUGUGCACCACCAGUCGCAGCACACAACGUCCGGGAGCUCGACAGGCCACUCGCCCAUCGAUGUGGAUACGGACAUGCUAGGGGAACCUGCCCUGGUGCCACAGGAACAAGGACGCAGGAGUCUACGGAGUACCAACAAAAGGAAUGCGCCGCGCACAAACGGCAACGGCCGUGUACGACAGUCCCCUAUCGUUAAACCUAACAGGCGGAAAGCAACUGUGUCCUCUCUCAUUCCACCCAAGGAGGUGACCGAACUCAUGCAGGAUGCGCGACUGACACGCCCGUCUGCCAACGGUCUGGAUGUGCCAAGGACUCGUGAAAGCUCAGAAACCGAUUCUAUAUCUCCUGAGCCUAUGCUGUCGGAGAUGCGACCGCCGCCGAAGCCUACUUCUUCAACAGCUUCCCCUGCCAUGAUGGCCCAGCGCAGCAGCCAGAACGGCACUCCGGCCACUCCUGCAUCUCUCAUGCGGAUACAACCUUCGCCCGAUGUCAGUGGCUCCCAAGAAGCACCACCAAUGCUGGAGGAUCUCACCCUACCAGAGGCAUCACUAGACAGACCAGGGCUAUCAAGAAUCGACACAGCUAUCCGGAAUGGUGAUGGUGACGCCUCUCGUAUGUCUGCGCGGAAGACACCCAAGUUGAAUCCUCUGAGCACGCCAGGCGCCUCCAUGUCAGCCAGACCUAGUCCGAUGCUGGACGCCAUGUCUACCCCAACGAGUCCAGCCUUCUCUAUAACUAAUGGCAAGAAGGACCCAAAACUGGCGCGCAACCCCAAGAAGAGGAACAGCGUUAGCUCGAGUCUUGUCAGCCCUGCAUUGAGGCCCAAGAUCUCACCAAGCAUAAAGCCUUUACUACCCGACGGCGGAAGUGCAUCCAAGUCAAACUACCAGAACAUACUUGAUGGCACCACCGUCCCCGGAGUCGUCUACCCCACAUCACUUUCCACUAACCUCACUUCAAAACGCACAUCUCACAAGAUCGCCGAGCAAGGCCGCCGAAAUCGCAUAAAUAUGGCCCUCCAAGAAAUGCAGGCUCUUCUCCCUUCACCGCAGCUUGGUGCUAUUCCAGACGCCAAAAGCCCCGAUACAAACGCCCAAAACUCCAACAACUCCAAAGCGGCAAAGGUUGAAAGCGCCAUCGAAUACAUCAAGCAGCUGAAACAGGAGGUAUCGGAGCGGGACGACUUGAUCAGCCGAAAGGACAAAGAGAUGGAUGCACUGAAAAAAGAGCUCGCUGCGCUGAAGGGGAAAGGAUCAGAGGUUUUGACUCCCGAGGCAGCAGCCCAGCUCAAGGCUGAGCCCUCUUCCAGCCCCAACACUGAGAACGAGACUUGA